GAGCCACUUUCGAAUGGGACGUCGUCGUUAAGCAAUCAACGUGAACCGAAAUCGCACGAGCAAAGAAAUGCUUCAUCAUCCAUUUCUGGUACCGUUUCGUCUGCACGCCCGUCACUACCGAACGUUGAUCGAAGUAGUAAACCUACGCCAAAGCCAUCUUUAUCACCAGCAAUUACUAAACGUAACAUCGCACCAGCAAACGCACUAAAAGUUAGUUGA